CAGCAAUCAUACAAAUUGAGACUUGAGACACAACACCACAACCAAAACACCAAAAUUAGAAAACGGCAACAACUAAAAAAGAGCGUAUAUAAAUGUGAGUCUCAAUCCCCGUUCCUCAAAUCAUUACAUAUUUACACUUCUCCAAAUCAUUCACUCCACCCAAUAAAAACCCGCGAAUCUCCCUCUUGCAUUUUUCCUGUUUUAUCUUCUCUUUCUUUCAAAAAGUUUGAAACUUGAAUCUCGUCGUCGCUGCAACUCCCAGGUUUUGUAGAAUGAGACAUGCUAAGGAAGAGCCGUCAUGUAGUGGUGCACAAGUUAUUGACUUAGUUUCAGCAGUGAAGGAGUUACAUGGGCUUAACUCUCAGGAACUUAAUAAAUUACUGAAGGAAUCUGAUAAUUUUACUAUUCACUAUGUUACUGAAAAAGGAUCAAUAUUGAAAAAGAUCGAUGCAGAAAAGCUUGCAGGCUUUCUUCCUCUGCACCUUAUUGCAGUGCUUAUGUCUUCUGACAGAGACGAAGCUCUGUUCAGAUACCUAUCAUGCGGCAUUAGGCUCUUGCACUCCUUGUGUGAUUUAGCACCUCGACAUGCCAAACUUGAACAGGUUCUGCUAGAUGAUGUAAAAGUGUCAGAACAGCUGCUUGACCUGGUGUUUUAUAUACUAAUCGUUUUUGGUGGUUAUGAACAGAAAAAUCACAGUUUUGGUGGGGCACCCCUGAUGUAUUCUGCACUGGUUGCGUGCAGUUUACAUCUACUAACAGGUUGUAUAUCUUCGCAAUGGCAAGAUCUUGUUCAAGUAUUGCUUGCACAUCCUAAGGUUGACAUAUUUAUGGAUGCAGCUUUUGGAGCAGUUUCUGUUUCCAUUAAGUUUCUGAAUAUCAAGCUGUCAGCUCAACAUGAUGAGUUCUGUACAAAAUCAAGUUUGACUACCGAACAAAUAGUGCACUCUCUAUGCCAGCAAUGCGAAGCCUCUUUACAGUUUCUUCAAUUGAUGUGCCAGCAAAAAUUGUUUCGGGAACGGUUACUCAGGAAUAAGGAAUUAUCUGGAAAGGGUGGUGUUCUAUUUUUGGCUCAAGCCAUCUUGAAGCUAAACGCCGUGCCUCAGUUUGCAGCAUCUGCUAGAGUUGUGGCUGCUGUAUCUAGGCUGAAAGCUAGAAUACUUUCAAUUCUGUUGAAUCUGAGUGAAGCAGACAGCAUUUCUUACCUGGACGAAGUUGCCAACUCGCCAGGAAGCCUGGAUUUGGCAAAGUCAGUCGCAUUGGAGAUUCUUGACUUAUUGAAGACUGCUAUUGGCAAAGAUCCCAAAUGUUUUGCUGCCUGUUCUGAUAGAAGUUACCCAAUGGGGCUUUUGCAACUCAAUGCAAUGCGCCUAGCUGAUAUAUUUUCCGAUGAUUCAAAUUUUAGAUCUUACAUUACAGUAUAUUUUACUAAAGUGCUGACUGCAAUAUUUUCGCUCCCUCAUGGAGAUUUUUUAACCAGUUGGUGUUCUUCUGAACACCCUGAAAAGGAAGAAGAUGGCAGUAUUGAGUAUGAUUCAUUUGCAACAGCUGGGUGGGUUUUGGAUGUAUUUUCAUCAAUUGACCUACAAAAUUCACCAACUUUAGAAUGUACUGUUACUCCCAUUAGUGUGACCCAGGCUUCCUACUCACAUCAGAGAACAGCAUUAUUUGUGAAAAUAAUUGCAAAUCUCCAUUGUUUUAUUCCCACUAUCUGUGAAGAACAGGAGAGGAACCUUUUUGUUAACAAGUUUCUGGAGUGCUUGCAAAUGGAUCUAUCUAACUCGUUGCCUGGAUUUUCCUUUGCUUCUGAUACUCCGAAACCUGCGACUGUUUGCAGAAAUCUACGCUCGUUGCUAAGUCAUGCAGAAUCAUUAAUUCCUAAUUUUUUGAACGAGGAGGACGUACAGCUCCUAAGGGUUUUCUCUAAGCAAUUACAAGCAUUGAUCACUUCGACUGAAUUUGAAGAAAACCGAGUUCAGGAGAAGAAACACGAGGAGUCAAUAUAUAGGGAUAAAUUUGCUAAACUCAACAUCAGUGAUCAUCAUCAGGAGGCUCAGAGUACUGGAGGAUGCUCGCCACCUUUAUUGAGUAAACAACCUCCUAAUCUUAAUAAUAGAAGUGGUAAUCUAGAGGAAAUGUCUGAGAAUUCUGCUUUUCAAGACGUGGACCAAGUUGAUGCAAACAGUGAGCAUAUGGAUCAGGGGAAUGAUGUAAUGAGGGAAGACAAAGGUAUAUCUGGUGGGAGUGCAUCUGGACGUUUUGGAGCCAUCGACCUAGAUGCUCAUAAUGUUGAAACCAGUGGUUCAGACACAAGCUCAACAAGAGGGAAAAAUGCUGUAGAUCAGAUGGAAAACAGUGAAUUCCCAAAGCCGAGUGCACACAUAAAAGAAAGUGGAUAUGGGGGAACCGCAGAGGAUGAAAAGGUUGAAACUGUUCAGUGUGAGGAAAAGCAGCGAAGGAAACGGAAACGAACAAUAAUGAAUGAUACACAGGUGGAACUUAUUGAGAGAGCCCUAUUAGAUGAACCUGAUAUGCAGCGAAAUGCAGCCUCAAUACAAUCAUGGGCUGAGAAAUUAAGUUUUCAUGGUUCCGAGGUUACAUGUCCACAGCUUAAAAAUUGGUUAAACAAUCGAAAAGCGAGGCUAGCCCGCACAGCUAAGGAUGUUCGUCCAGCACCUGAGGCUGACAAUGCGUUGCAAGACAAGCAAGGUGGGCGAGGACUAAGGUCCAACAACUCACCUGAUACCGCUGGUGGAGAUGCUUCCAGCCAACUAAAUGUGAGGAGAGAUCCUCAAAUCAUGUUGAGAACUGGUAUCAGGGAGAUCUCUGAGACUAACGUGGCAGAAGCCGCUGCCCCCCGUGGUCCUGCAGAAUUUGAUCUGUGCAAGCAAGGCGACUCCAUCGGCCUCAUGGGUGCAAAUGGAGAGGAGAUUGGGAGAGGAAAGGUGUUUCAGGUGCGUGGCCAAUGGUAUGGAAGAAACUUGGAGGAGUUGAGGGCAUACGUUGUGGAUGUUAAAGACCUAAAAGCUAGAAGAGCAACGAGGCUUCCGCACCCGUCUGUAGCCACAGGUGUCUCAUUUGAGGAGGCUGAAACAAAGAUUGGCGUAAUGAGAGUGUUAUGGGAUUCAAACAUGACUUUCACAUUGCGUCCUAAACGAGCAAUGUAAGCCACAGGUUAAACGGCCUCGGCUUCGGCCUCUGUAGAACUACAAGUCGUUUCGUUACCUGCAAGAUGUAAACGUGUAAUCAUUGUAAUUACUUAGACCUCUUUUCCCCUUCUUUUUUUUUUUUUUUUUCUUUUGAUAAACAGAGUUUGGAAUUUUCCAUAUACAUUAUUACACACAGCUUUCUAACUUUGCGGAAUGUUAAAUAUCGAGUUGUUCUGUCAUCA